UUGCUUGCCCUGCUCCUGCUCCCUUGCCUUCUCCGCGGCCUUUGCAUCGCAUCCUUCCGUUUCUUUCUUCCCCUCCCCUCCCUAUGUUCGUGGAGAAAGCCAGCAGGAUCUUUGCGGCGGCAGAGCCAGGCGUGAUGCGUGCUAUAACGCGUCUCGUGCCGUGAAAACCUCGCGCCUUUUCUUUCUGCCUCGGCUAGUCGGCUGGCUUCCGUUCUCUUUGGCCCAGGACGACCCAGCGUUCCAGCGAUCGCCGCCGCAUGCCGACCACGGGUUUGUGCUGAUGAUUCCACCUCUCCAGAGACAGCGUGCGUCUAGGAAGCAGCGCCGAGGAUGGCGGACCACUUCGCGUUGAUGACGGGCCGGCUGCUGACGGAGUCGACGCUCCAGUCCGCCAUCCAGGAGGCCUUUGCCGAUGCCGUAGCCUCAACAGCCGCCGGCUACGACCGUACAGAUCCCUCCGCUGUUCCUGAAGAUGUUCAGCCGGGCAUGGGCGUGGGCAAGGGCAAGGGCAAGAGUGGUGUCAUGGUGGAGUGCAGAAUCUGCCAAGAGGAAGGCGACGAGGCUUACAUGGAGACACCCUGCUGCUGCAAGGGCAGCUUGAAGUACGCUCACCACAGAUGCGUCCAGCGGUGGUGCAACGAGAAGGGAGACACCAUAUGUGAGAUAUGCUUGCAGCAAUUCGAACCAAAUUACACUGCUCCUUUGUUUCGGCAUGGAAGGAGCCUAAUAAAUUCAAGGGGAGCUGGAGAAGUACGGGAAAACGUCGGUGCUAGUCAUGGUCAAACCUCGGAUCAGGCUGAUGGUGCAUCAAGCGUUGAUUCUCAGAACCUCCACCUGAAAGGAGUCGUAUAUUGCCGAGUAGUUGCCAUUGCUUUGAUGAUUUUGUUGGUGCUCCGUGACGCGAUCUUGCUUAUGCUCCGCGACGAUGAAAUGUGCUCAGUAGAGCUAAUCACUCUGCUGCUGUUCAGAACGGCUGGAAUUGUCAUACCAGUCUACAUCAUCUUGGUAUCAGUUACCGCAUUGCUUCAUUGGUGCAAUCAACGACGGAUCUUUAGAAUCCAGGUUGUGCACGAGACGACGGUUUCAGAACCUCGUGGAGCAGGGGGCCUGCAGCAUAUCAUCAACAUUCGGUAGGAAGCUGCACGGACGCACGGUGGUUCCUGGUCAGGCAGCCUCUGUAAAUACCUGAAAAGUGUUUGAGAUUCAGGCUUGUCGUAAUGGGGUUUGGAAGAGACAGAACCAUUGCGAGACUGUAUAGUUUCAUAGCAUAGUUUCUAUGUACAAAAGAAAUUCUGAAAACACAUCCACUCAACUUCACCAAAUGAUGAAGACGAAGUUGGAUCGGUGUCUGUUAAGAAAAUUGAGUUAGAGUUUUACAUGCAUUCAUGUCAAAGACUAUAGGAGAAA